UUAUGCAACAUGUUUCGACUAUACUAUUCUAGUGUCUUAGCUCACCCCUCGACACCACAUCACCCAUGCCAUGUGCCUUCAAGUGCCUCUUCGCUCCGGUUCCAAUCGACCUUCUCUUGGACUUGAACCAAACCUAUGUAAUGAUUAGGCUCUAAAAUUUCAAUCAAUGAAGCUAAUUUAUUGCUAGCACCUCCAUAUAUCUGAAUAUGUACUAUGAUUGGAAAAAAAUUUACCGACCUUGAAAAGUUUCAUACUACUACCACCUAUUUUUCGUCACAACCAUUAAAAGUAAUACAAAACUUAGGCAUGUAGUAGUUCAAUAUUACUGUGUUACCAAAAUAAAUCUCCCCACUUUUUUAUUUUUAGGGGGCGAUUUCAAUGCAGGGUCGGAUGGUCAUAAACAGGAAGUCGGUGAUUUUCUUCAAAUCCUACAAGGUUUUCUUCCGGCAGUCCAAUCCAACUCACGUACACAAAUCUCAUGAUCCACAAGUCAAAGAUGCAUUGUAAAUUCAGGUAAAAAGAUAUCAAAUUUUCCUAGAUUUCCUUUAUCCCAAAACUCAUGAGAACUCACCUGCCAUUCACAUGUUCUUCACCUUCUUAACUUAUUUCAGCUCACCACUACCUCUUUAAUUCACUCACCAUCCCCACGCCUAAUGCAUAGCAAACACCUGCAAAAAGCAAUUUCAAUUGAACUUUCCAAGUCACCCCCCCAUACCCUUUUUCCCAUUAUAUAAUCCACCCCCAUAAACUCAUUAAUUUCCACCUCCUCUGCAAAAUCACAACAAUACGAUGAUUUAGCUUCCAUUUCAACAUACCUUUUCCGCUUUUCCACCCCUCAGCUUCUCUGAGGCAUUUCGUCGAACAUGUUGCCUGCGCGCGAUUUGGGAAUGGCAAUUGCCGCCGUUUUCGCAGUCGUCUCUGUUCUUCCUGCUUCCGCCAAGGAGAACUACGUCCGAGAAGCCUGCAGCGUAACCCGGCACCCAGAUCUCUGCAUCCAGUCGCUGUCGCCGUUUUCGAGCACCGCCAAACGAAGCCCGACGAAAUGGGCAAGAGCGGGCGUGGCCGUGACGAUAACAGAGGCGAAAUCCGUGGCGCGAUUCUUGGGGAGACUGAAGAGGAGCGGGCGCAUGAGGGGUAGAGACAGAGUUGCGGUUUCGGACUGUGUGGAGGUCUUCGAAGCCGCCAUUGAUGAGCUCCACCGAUCGCUUGGGGUUCUUCGGAGACUGAGCAGAAGGGAUUUCGAGGCCCAAAUUGGGGAUCUAACGACGUGGGUGAGCGCGGCGCUGACGGAUGAAGAUACCUGCAUUGAUGGAUUUGAAGGGGAAAGAGGAAAACAAGUGAAUUUGAUACGGAAUCGAGUGGUGAAGGCUGGUUAUAUUACCAGUAACGCACUCGCUUUGGUUAACAAACUCGCAGCCUCUGGUUUCGAAACUCCCCCCAAAUGACAGCCAACUUGGGAAUUUUCUCUAUAAAUAACGUGAUGGAGAUUGCCUAUAUAUAUAUAUAUAUAUAUAUAUA